GCAGCUGCGGGUCGGGCGGCCGGGAUGUGACAGGCGGCCUCUCGCCGCACCUUUCCUCCUUCCGUCCUUGGGCCCGAGGGCCGCCGGGGCCCGUAGGCCGGCCACGGCGGAGGAGGCAGCGCGACCUCUGCGCGAGUCUGUCAAUCUUUAAGGACAAAUGCACUUUAUAGCUCAUGGAAGAAAAAACACCAAUCAAGACAUUUUUGGGUUCAAAGUUGCCGAAGUAUGGAACAAAAUCCGUAAGAAGCACACUGCAGCCGAUGCCAAAUGGGACACCUGCUAGCUUACUAGGAGUUUCCAAGGGUGGUAAUGUCAAAAGUUACAUAAAAAAUAAUGGCUCAGAUUGUCUCUUGUCCCAUUCAUUUAAUUGGAGGAAGGCAAACCAAUACCAACUCAGUGAACAGAGUGCUGGAGAACCUAACAAUACUCGAAAUUCAUGUGAUAGAUUAAUUGAUCCUGAAAAACAUGCCCCUAUUCAAGGAAUGUUUGAUAAAAGUAGGAUAAAAGGAGGUUUGAAAAGUGUCUCUGUACUUACCUCAAAGGUGACAAAGCCAUCCACUGUGUUUGUGUCAUCUACAGAGGAGUUAAACCAGAAAUCUUUGUCUGGACCAUCUAAUUUGGGUAAAUUCACCAAAGGUACAUUAUUAGGAAGGACUUCGUAUUCUUCAGUCAGUGCCCCCAAAUCACAGUUGAAUGGAUUUUAUGGAAGUCGCUCAGCUGGUAACAUGCAAAGGCCUAGAGCAAAUUCCUGUGCCACCAGAAGUAGCUCUGGAGAAAGCUUAGCACAAUCCCCAGACAAUAUUAAGUCUGUUACUUGUGAAAAAAUGGUGAGGUCACAAAGUUUUUCACAUUCCAUUCAGAGUUCAUUCCUUCCACCUUCAUCUAUAACCAGAUCACGUUCCUUCAACAGAGCUGGAGAUCUUACUAAGCCUUAUCAGAACCAACAGCUCCACAUUAGAGUGCCUCUGAGGUCAAGUAUGCUAACAAGAAAUUCCCGGCAGUCGGAAGUACUCAAUGGGAAUGAACAUUUAGGGUAUGGAUUUAAUCGGCCUUAUCCAGCUGGUGGAAAGAAGGUGGUUUUACCCAAUGGACCCAGUAUGACUUCCACUUUGGGUUAUAGGAUGAUGCAUCCCUCUUUGCUGAAAUCCAAUAGACCUCCAUUUGCUGGGAGUAUCACAGUUGAUGGUAAUAAAAAUGCACCUGCUGACAAGUGUAUAGAGGAACAUGCUACAGUUUUGGCUAAUGACAGAGCUGCUAAUAAGGAGCAAGAACUAAUUAAAAAUGAUGGUUAUAGAACAGGAAAUGACCAGACCAUAAAGACUGAUGCUAAAAUUAGAUAUCUGAGUGAUGAUGUGGAUGAUAUUUCUUUGUCUUCUUUGUCAUCUUCUGAUAAGAAUGAUUUAAGUGAAGACUUUAGUGAUGAUUUUAUAGAUAUUGAAGACUCUAACAGAACUCAGAUAACUCCAGAGGAAAUUUCUCUCAAGGAAGAAAAGCAUGAAAAUGUACCGCCAAAGGAUAUAUUUGAUUCCCCCAAGGAAAAUGAAAAAUCUUUCCAUAAAACUGAUGAAUGGAUAGCUAUAAGUGUGGCUGACAAUGACUGUACAAAGCAUACACCUGGAAAUAACUUGAUUUCACCAGAUACAGAUUAUAGAGCUGGUUCUUCCUUUGAACUCUCUCCAUCUGAUAGCUCUGAUGGAACAUACAUGUGGGACGAAGAGGGCUUGGAGCCCAUUGGAAAUGUGCAUCCAGUUGGGAGCUAUGAGUCUUCUGAGUUGAACAGCAUAGAUAUUCUGAAUAAUCUUGAAUCAUGUGACCUUGAGGAUGAUGACCUUAUGCUUGAUGUGGAUCUGCCUGAAGACACACCUAUUGAAAAUGAGUGUGACAACAUGAACCGCUUUGACCGAUCAGACAGAAAUGUUCGGCAGUCGCAGGAGGGAUUUUGGAAACGGCCACCCCAGAGGUGGAGUGCACAGGAACACUACCACCUCAGCCAUCCUGACCACUAUCACCAUGGAAAAAGUGACUUGAGCAGAGGCUCUCCCUAUAGAGAAUCGCCUUUGGGUCAUUUUGAAAGCUAUGGAGGGACUCCCUUUUUCCAGGCUCAGAAGAUGUUUGUAGAUGUACCAGAAAAUACUGUGAUACUGGAUGAAAUGACCCUCCGACACAUGGUCCAGGACUGCACUGCUGUGAAAACUCAGCUACUGAAGCUGAAACGUCUGUUGCAUCAACAUGAUGGAAGUGGUUCAUUGCAUGACAUUCAGCUGUCAUUGCCAUCUAGUCCGGAACCAGAAGACAGUGAUCAGACAUAUAAGAAUGAAGAUUUAUUAAAUGAAAUAAAGCAACUUAAAGAAGAAAUAAAGAAAAAAGAUGAAAAAAUCCAACUAUUAGAACAUCAGCUUGUGCUUGGAUAGUUUGCCUGUGGAUUGUCUCAGAGGCUGUGGUACAUUCAACCAGAAACCCCAUGUGGAAGUACCUCAGAAUCACAUUAACCUAUUUACAUGCGGCAAAGAAAUUGUGGCCUGUACCAAGAGAACUUUGUGAAGCUUACUUGGCAGUUCCUGUUCUUGAAUCUAGAGACUAUUGUUAAUGUGGUUUUUCUCAACAGAAAGGUGGAAGAUCCGGCGGGAUCCGUUGCUUCUCAUUGCGAGCAGUGAUCUUCCGUAAAGCUAAAGCCAUACUGAAUGAGUUUUAAUGGGCCAAGUGUUGCUUUUGUAGUAGGGAGUUAGAAGUCAUUCAGAAAGAUUGUAGUAAAACAAAGAUUAGUUCUGGAACUUCACAAAGUCACUUGUUCAAAAAAAUUUUUAAAUAUUUUAAAACCAUUGAAAGUAGAGAGAGAUAGUAGCAUUUUCACAUUAUCAAAAUUAAAAUUGCCUUUCUAUUUAAAAUUUAUCGUUCUUUUUUUUUCCUUAUGUCUUUGAACUACUCUUAAAACAGCAGAAUGUCAUCAGUAGAGCCCUAGAGUAGGAGUCCGAGGACUGUUCUUAUCUCCAGUAUUAGCUGAGCAACAUUGACAGUGUUCACCGUCUCCCUAGUGCAUUAUCUAAAAUAUGAAGGGUUUUCUAGGUGAUUUCAAAAUCCCCUUCCAGUUUUAGCCUUUCAUACUUCUUUAUCUUUUUAAAAAUGCAUUCAACUCAAUUAAAAAUUUGCUUAUAAACUUCCAGGAAAAUAAAGUGAUAAUAUAAAGUGUUGAAUUCAUAUUUUAUGUGAAACUUAUUUUCAUUUUGGAGAUGCCGAAAGUGGAAUUCAGGUUAAGUAGACUAGCAGUAUUAAAAAAAAAAAUUAAACUAAACCCAUUGCCUUCAAGUUGAUUCCAACUCAUAGGCAAGCAGUUUAGAGUUUAGUAUAUUUGAAAUAACUCAGGUUUAAAUGCUGGCUCUGAAACUUAAUAGCCUUCUCUAAGUAACUUCCUAGGGAAGUUACUUAAUCUUCUCCUAAGCCCUCUGUAAAGGAGGAUAGUGAAAAUAAUACUGACCGUAUAGGGUUGUGACAGGUAAAUGAACUAUUACAUAAACUACGUAAUGCUAUGCCUGGGCCAGGAGUGGUGAGAUAAACAGUAACUCUUUUUAAGAAUUUGUCCCAAAUCACCUAGCUAGUAAAUCAGUUUUUAUGAUGUUUUAAGUUCUAAGCAGGAGUCCUGAACUAAAAAUGACUUUUAAAAUCAUAACAUUUGUAAACUCACAUAUUUAACAAGUAAUAUACAGGUCCCAUCCAGUUCUAUGGUUACUUUAGUUAGCUUGAUGAAGUUCUAGGCUGACUUUGUUGGGGCCCUCUUGGCUUCUUUGUGGUCACAAGAUGUCUGCUGUAGUUUUAUGUGUCACAUUCUCAUGCAGUAUUAUGCAAAAACAGGAAAAGGGUCUGUCUUCUCUGUUGUUGCUGUUUUUUGUACCAUCAAGUCAAUUCCACCUCAUAGAGGCCCUAUAGGACAGAGUAAAUUGUCUCAUAAGGUUUUCUAGGCUGUAAUACGAAAGGUGCCCUGGUGGUGCAGUGGUUAAGCACCUGGCUGGUAAUCAAAAGGUCAGCAGUUCGAACCCACCAGUCGCUCCAUGGGAGAAAAGAUGUGGCAGUCUGCUUCCAUAAAGCCUUGGAAACCUUAUGGGGCAGUUCUACUCUGUCGUAUAGGGUAGUAAGUACUAUGAGUCAGAAUUGACUUGAUGGCAAUGUGAAUAGAAUCUUUAUGGGGGCAGAUCACCAACUCUUUCCCCCCAUGGAGCAGCUGGUGGGUUCAUACUGCUGUUUUGGUUUGCAGCUGAGCACUUCAGCACACUUUCUCAGAAAUACUCCAGACUCAUGUUUCGUUGGCUGUUUGUCCCUUCCUAAGCACAGAGGAGUAGGAUUAACCAGAUUGGCUCAGUCUGAUCAAAAUCUUACCGCUUUGAGGCAAGAGAUGAUAUUAACUUCCCUCAAUACAGAACCAUGAAAUUGAAUACCUGAAGAGAUUAUCAGCAGUAAAGAAAGCAGAUGGAGAAAGAAUGAUAUUUUAUAUCUUUUGAGAUAACACUGAAAGCUAUACUUUCCAAAUUAUAAAAAGUUCAAAUAUUUGCCAAGUAUUAUUCAUCAUGUGUUAUCACAUAGAUCACAAAGUGGAAAUUUUUCCCGGAAUUGCAUUCCUUGGAAUAGAAUAAUGUGUCUGCGUUGAGAUACAAUGUUUUGCAUUAUUUUGUCUCUCCUUAAUUUACCUCCUGUAUGUCUUGGAGGAGCCCUGGUGGCACAGUGGUUAAGAUCUCAGCUGCUAACCAAAAGAUCAGCAGUUCAAAUCUACCAGCUGUCCCUUAGAAGCCCUAAGGGGUAGCUUUACUGUGUCCUCUCAGGUCGCUAUGAGUUGGAAUUGACUUGAUAGCAAUGAGUUUUGGUUAUAUGUGUUAGAAGGGAAUUAAGUCUUGUUACAGUGAAUUCAAGGGACUCCCAAGUUGACUUGCUUAUGUAUUGAAUUUCACGUCAAUGAAUUUAUUUUUGAGGGACGGGAAAUAUAUCUGAACUAUAGAGAUUUUUAAUGAUUAGAUUUUGUGCUGUAUAAGGAAAUUGCCCCAACGCAUCUGUCUCUUUGUUGUACUUUGGGGGCUUCUGUGUUGCUGGAAGCUAUGCCACCGAUGUUCAAAUACCAGCAGGGUCACCCAUGGUGGACAGGUUUCAGCUGAGCUUCCGGACUAAGAGUAGGAAGAAGGAUCCAGCGGUUUACUUCCGAAAAGAAUUAGCCAAUCAAAGCCUUAUGAAUAGCAGCAGAACAUUGUUUGAUACAGUGCUGGAAGAUACUCAAAAUACGACUGGGAAAGAGCUGCCUCCUCAAAGUAGAGUCGACUUAAUGAUAUGAAUGGAGUCAAGCUUUCAGAACCUUUGUACGCUGAUGUGGCAUGACUCAAAAUGAGAAGAAACAGCUGUAAACAUCCAUUAAUAAUCGGAACCUAGAAUUAUGAAAUAUGAAUCUAGGAAAAUUGGAAAUUGUCAAAAAUGAAAUGGAACACAUAAAGGUAAGAUAUCCUAGGAAUUAGUGAGCUGAAACGGACUGGUAUUGGCUAUUUCGAAUCGGACAAUCAUAUGGUCUACUAUGCUGGAAAUGACAACUUGAAGAGGAAUGGCGUUGCGUUCAUCCUCAAAAAGAACAUUUUGAGAUCUAUCCUGAAGUACAGCGCUGCCAGUGAUAGGAUAAUAUCCAUACACCUAUAAGGAAGACCAACUAAUAUGACUAUUAUUCAAAUUUAUGCACCAACCAGUAAGGCCAAAGAUGAAGAAAUUGAAGAUUUUUAUCAGCUUCUGCAGUCUGAAAUUGAUCAAACAUGCAAUCAGGAUGCACUGAUAAUUACUGGAGAUUGGGAUGCCUAAGAUGGAAACAAGAAGGAUCAAUAGUUGGAAAAUAUGGCCUUCGUGAUAGAAAUGAUGCUGGAGAUCUCAUGAUAGAAUUUGGCAAGACCAAUGACUUCUUUGCAAAUAACCUUUUUCACCAACAUAAACGGCAACUGUACACAGAGACUUCACCAGAUGGAAUACACAGGAAUGAAGUCGACUGUAUCUGUAGAGACGGUGGAAAAACACAAUGUCAUCAGUCAGAACAAGGCCAGGGGCCGACCGCGGAUCAGACCAUCAGUUACUGAUAGGCAAGUACAGAUUGAAAUUGAAGAAGAUUAGAACAAAUCCACAAGAGCCAAAGUAAGACCUUUAGUAUAAUCCCACCUGAAUUUAGAGACCAUCUCAAGAAUAGAUUUGACACGUUGAACGCUAGUGACCAGAUGAGUUGUGGAAUGACAUCAAGGACAUCAUACAUGAAGAAAGCAAGAAGUCAUUAAAAAGACAGGAGAGAAAGAAAAGACCUAAAUGGAUGUCAGAGACUCUGAAACUUGCUUUUGAACGUCGAGUAGCUAAAGCAAAAGGAAAAAAGGUAAAGUAAAAGAGCUGAACAGAAGAUUUCAAAGGGUGGCUGAAGAAGACAAAGUAUUAUGAUGACAUGUGCAAAGACCGGGAGAUAGAAAAUCAAAAAGGAAGAAAACGCUCAGCAUUUUUCAAGCUGAAAGAACUGAAAAAAAAAAAAAAAAUUUAAGCCUUGAG